AGGAUUGUGCUUUGGAGGAAAGCUGCCCAGCCAACUGAAGCCCACAGAUACCCUAGAUGAAUUGUUUUAUGGUUUGAUUGUUGAUCUUGUUUGGGCUUGGCUAUUGAGCUUCAGUUGAACCUUGGGUUUUGUCAAUCUUAGGUUUGAUAGCUUUUCACUUCAGCUGGCUUGUGUUGGCUUUCAACCCAUGGUUUAAAUUAUCGGUGCAAAAUCUUAUUGAACGAUGUCUUCAGUUAUACAUGACACAGAAAGAGGUUGUGGAAACUCUUCUAGUUCAGGCAAAAAUAGAACCUGAUUUUACUGAACUUGUUUGGCAAAAACUUGAAGAAGAGAACAAGGAGUUUUUCAAAGCCUACCACGUAAGGUUGAUGGUGAAGCAGCAGAUAAUUGCUUUCAACGAGUUGCUUGAGAAACAGGCUGAACUCAUGCGUAAGAUAUGCCCAGCUGGAGUUGCUCCAUUGCCUAAUUCUAAUGGAUCUAAUGCUACACCGUCAUCAAAAGAGAUGUUUGAACGAGUUCUAAGAUGGUGUUUCUCUCUCUUCUUUGUUGGGGGCUACCAGCUUCAAAUCCAUCCAGUCUAUUUACAUAGUAUGAUCUCAAGUUCGUUAUUCUUUCGUCAUUCUUUUGGAUCACAGUAUAUAAUUCCAAAUCAUAGGUGGAGUAAUGCUUCUUGGAAUCAUUCAACUUCUCAUUGUAGCAUGCAAUAGGAUGCCCAAUUUGCA